UUUUUCUUCGACGAUUUAACGCUCGGGAUGAUUGUCCCAUACGAUGAAUGCGAGGCUAUGCUUGGUUUGACUCGGCCCAUCCCCUUCUUUCGCGCUCAGCUUUCGUCCCCUUUUUUAUGAGACCUUACCCGCGUGUUCGUACUCCGUGCUCUCUCCCUCAUCCUCUCUCUCGCUCGAACCCGAUUCGCUCCAAACAGACUCAAUUAGACGCCCUUGUCAAAUUAUCCACCGAGAUCUGUGUUAACGGAGAUUUUCAAACCGAAACCUUGGACGAACAACUCCCUCCACAUCCCGCGGCUCAUCCAAUGGCAACUCGUCGCUCCCAUACUAAGUCUCGCACCGGCUGCCGAGACUGCAAGCGGAGGAAAGUCAAAGUGAGUAACCGAGUGCCACCCGCCGUACUUCGCUUGCGCGCGCCGAACACGCGGGUGGGGGCAUCGGGGGUCCGCGUUCGCUGGUCUGACGGCACUCGACUAUACCCCUACUUCUCUUCCCCCGGCCCGUGCGAUGAAGCCUAUCCCUCCUGCUUCAACUGCACCAGGCACGGUAUCCCGUGCAGUCUGUCGUCCUCCUCGGGCGACGUGUCAUCCAGCGCUACUCCCCAACGCUCGUCUCACACGCCGUCGGCCAGCGGUCAGAGCCCGGAAGCGCCAAAUCAUUUUCUCGAUGUGGUUUUCCAUCGCAGCCGAGCCGUCCCGCAAGCGCCGACCAUCGAGCUCUGGGGCCACGGUCUGGAGCUGAUGCACCACUACUCCCUACACACCGCCAACACCAUGUCGUCUAGGCCCGAGAUGCAGCACAUCUGGCGCGUCGACAUUCCCGAAAUCGGGUACGAGUGCCCCUUUGUGAUGCACGGCAUCCUCGCCAUCGCCGCAUUGCACAAGGCGUACCUCCUCCCCCCCGAGCGAGACAGGUAUCUCGACCUGGCGACAUCCCAUCAGACCGCAGGCCUCGAGGGGUUUCGCGCCGUGCUGCACACACUGGACGACAGCAACUGGGAGCCCGUCUUCUGCUUCGCCUCCAUCACUUUGCUCCACGUUUCCUUCCACCCCGUGCGCAAGAGCACUGAUCACGACGCCGAGCUCUUGCCGGACAUCACGGCUCUCUUCGUCUUCGUGCGGGGCAUAAGGGCCAUCCUCGAGCCCUACCAUGGCGGACUUAAACGAACGAGACUCGGCCCCAUGGCCCACGGUAUCUGGGACAUUGAUCCGGGCGAUCCCCAGUACCAAAACCCAUCUCUCCGCCACUCCCCGCUGCCGAGAGACACCUUUGACGCCCUGCGCCGCCUCUCCGCCUUCUUCGAGGGGACGCUCCCCGACGGCAUGCGCAGCGGGUACGCCACCGCCGUUCGGGAGCUCGAGAAAUCCGUCCGCCUGAUGGCGCACGCCGGUACCAACCUCGAGGUCGGAAUGGCCGUCUUUUGGCCGUACGUGAUAUCAGACGCCGUCAUGGCCGACAUCCAUUCCAUGAACCCCUACGCCAUGGUUCUCCUGUCGCACUUUGCCAUCCUGCUGCGCGCGAUGGAGCCGACGUACUGGUACCUCCGCGGCUGGUCGGCGAGGCUGAUGGCCGCUGUCGACCAGCAGCUGGCAGGGUGCCCGGCGCUUUUAGAGGCGGUGAGGUGGCCCAAAGAACAGAUAUCCGAGCUGUAUGGGCCAUACUGAGUCAGUUUGUGGUUCCCAAGGGUGGUGGAGGAUAUUUGUAGCUUACACCAAAUUCAGGAGGUGGUUAUUGGGCAAAGGGGGAAUUUCGCACGCCUACGAUAUCGACGAGACAUGACUGCUACUCCGUAGAGAGGGUCCAGGAUAUGGAGUGUUCGUUGUCCUGCCGGUAAGCGCCUUGGACAGGGUCGUUUGAUCCAAAGUUAGCAGAUGCGUAUACUGCCCUCUCCCUCUCCCUUCCCCCUUAGCCCCACUCAGCCCAUCCGUUGAUACGCCACGCGAGCACACCCAUUUUCCUGUUGUUCGUCACAACCUUUUUGCAGCAGCCAUUUCAUUCGCUAUGCCGUUCAUCAUACGAUCCGCUGCCUGCCCCUUUGCUCGAUAUUAUCUCAUGGCAGGACCACCAAA